CUGUGAUACUAGACAAAUAAUAUUUGAUUCCGUUUAUUGGUUUAUGAGCUUUCGGGACAGUACAUAAUAUGUGUUCAUGUGUAGUGAUACCACAAUUUUGUUCAAUUGUGUUUGUGCCAUUGCUUAGCUCUGUUUGUAGUGUUUUUAUACACAGUAUCCCAGAAGUCGACGUCAAGCCGGAAACGGGGGAUAUGCCAAGUGAUAAUUGUUAUCAGAAAAAUAUAAAGAAAUCUGUCAUGUACUUUUCGAAUUAUAAGCUUCAAAAAACGGAAACAUCUGCACACUGUGAUGAUCUCUUAGUUACCAUUACAACAAAUUUUGAUUUUUUUUAGACGGAGUGACGGAGAGUGUCAUCCUUCAUACUGAUAGCAAGACAGAUAGUAACGCCACUUUUAGUAAUUUAUGAAUGUAUUUAUUAAAUUCACAAUAAAUGUUCAAACUGCCUUCGUUCAGCAGCAAUGCAAGCUUGACAUCUUCUUAAAAAUGCUCCGCACGGGUAUUAUGUAAAAAACCUACAAAUCGUCAAAAAAACCUAUAAAAUGUCAUCUUGCAGACUAGGUAGUUUUUUGCUCACUAGGAUCGUUGUGAGCAUCCAUCUGUGGAUUAAUGACUCAACUACACACAUUGGUAGCAUGCGUUUUGUGAAGCCGAGUAGUCUGUACUUUUCAUCUCUGAGAAGAAACUUGGUUGAAUAGCAACAUCGCAUCUGGAUGAUUAUGUGUAUUGGUCUGCAUGUGUAUAAAAUCAGUGAUAUUUGCUUUGUGAGAAAAUCAUUACUAAAUAUGUUGCCAAUGAAGUAUAUCUAUUAGCUGUCCCUACGGUUUUUUUAUAUGUUGUACUUUCUGAAGACAGGUUAUGUUCAAAGUUAUAAAUUACGAUACGUUUUUUGUUGUUUCUUUGAGAAGAAUUACGGCAAAUCACAUCCGCACCCGCGUUGGCUGUAAUUUCUGUUAGCAUGUAUAUGACUUGUAAUUCGACAGUGUACAGUGAAUACAAUUAUUUCUUAUCUCCCUCAUUUUUGAAAUUCAGCAAAUUAGCAUAUGUAAUUUCCAGAAUGGAUAAGAAAAAGUGGAUGCGCAACUAAUUUCUAGCUUUGAAUCUCAAAUAGUAGUAUCGUGGGUACAUGUGUCGUGUGUCAAUCGCAAGUGGGUCCCCAGUUACACUCUAGGCCUCUAACAGUAAGCCAAGCGGCUCAAUAUGGACUUCGGGAAGACCAGAUAUCUGUGAACGCCAGAGUGUGUAACACCUGCAGAUGCAAGUCCAUGCGAUCAAGGUAUACCCAAUGUCCGCUACCAAGCUGUCCCAACAAUCGAGGUCGAGUCAAACGACUGCGUUCCUUCCCAUAUAGACUGCAAGACCUGCCUUCGGACGUGCGAGAGCCCCUCCUUGCCGAGUUUCGUAUUCCUAGCGGUGUCACAAAGUGCUGUUCUGCCUGUUUCAACAGGAUCCAGAGGCGGUUAGGACCUGCCGAGGACUGGCCUGACGAUGAGGUCAACAAGCUCAAGGUGGCGCUCAGCGAACUGGGCACCAACUGGCAGGCGUUGGGCGAGAGGCUCAAUAAACCACCGAUGAAGGUAAAAAUAUUCUGUGCGGCGAAUCGCAAACGACUGAAAGGAUGCUUAGGAGAAGAUAGAAAGCCAGCUUUAUCUACGGACGAAGAGAGCGGCUCCAGCACUUCUAGUUGCGAGGAGUCUCUUUUAGAUGGUGAUAGACAUUCUAGUGAUACUGCCAGUGCAGCUGAAAGCCCUCCUGUACAGGGUGGGAAUGAUAGUCAGGUGAACAAGCGCGUGGACUACGACUCUUCGGCGACGGAAACGGCGGAUGAAGCUCAGACGCCGGAUCAUUACCAAGGGUCUGCGACGAUAACGCCUAUUACGAAUGACGGUCAGCCCAGACAGAAUGCUUCGCCUUUGAGCGUCAAGGAUAUCGUGCUCAACGUUAUCGAGUAUUCUCUUAUGAAGAAUCCGGGAGGACAGCAGCAGGUACAGAACCCGCCGACAAGUGGUAUGACACCGACAAUCUCGUCCAUCCUAAACAACGAUUCAAACGAAGUGACGAUCGUGAGCGAAUAUAACUUGAACACGGUCAACAGCCAACAACAACAACAGCAGAGGCAGCAACAGCAGCGAUCGGACAUCAACUUGGCCAAGCUGGUGAACCCCUUGAUACCAGCGACGAUAACGCCGGUCUCGGGGCCCAUUCAGAAUCAACCGCCACCUGAACCCAUGCAGAACACCAGGGAUGAUUUAAUUAUUCUACAAGUUCCGGAUGGUAGAGAGCCGGAAACGUUAGAUUUGAGCAUCAAGAAACCUAGGGAACCGCCUCCGCAGGUACAUUCGAAGAUGCAGGCGCAGCAACAGAUGCAAGCUCAGAUCCACCGCUCGGAACCUUAUCAGCUGUACCAAGCGCAGGAAAGGAAAAGCCCAGCAUACUCUAUUCGUGCACAACAACAGCAACAGGCGAAGCUUCCUAGUCCCAAACCGGCAAAUCCCAAGACGGGAUCCAUAACCCUGGGUACCCCCAUUAUUUCUCAGAGUAGGCAAUAUGAAGGUUUACUAAGACAGAUACCGGAGGCUAAAAUGGGGUCCAUAACGCAGGGCACGCCCAUUCACAUGCCGCACGCCAUGCAGGAUAAGAGGGUGUAUGAUUAUUACAACAAAAGGGGGCCCAUGCCUCCUCAGCAGGGACAACAAGGACAACAACUACAGUAUCCCGGACAGUACAGACAACCGGCGUACACGGUAGAACAACAACUGAGCUCCCGUCAGAUAAUCAUCAACGACUACAUCACCUCUCAGCAAAUGCUAGCCGGAGGCGGCGGCCCUCGCAGACCGGACAAGACGCAGUAUUACCCAGCGAACUCGCCUCAUCGCACCCCUCCACCGCCCCCGCAACAGGGUCAGCAACAGCGACAGGGCGUCAUACAGCGGCACACCAGGCCGCAGUACCUGCAGCCUGGUCACGAGGCUAUGUCAACCUUGGUAGAUGUAGCUGUUCAGCAGCCGUCGUUGCCUGUCCCCAGUGCGCCGCACGAAGGUUUAGGUAAGACUAUGGCAGAUAACAUCCUAGAACAACCACACCGCUACCAAAUCAUCCAACAACAACACCAGCAACUAAGACAGCAACAGCAACGUUUGGAGGAACAGCGAAGGGCCGCUUUUCAUCAACAAGCUGCUCAACAUCAAGCUCAACAACAACAACAGCAGCAGCAGCAGCAACAGCAGGCUGCUCGACAGGCCAGGACAGAUUCUAGCACGUUAACCGCCGCAAGUCUCAUCGAUGCUAUCAUUACCCAUCAGAUCAAUCAGACAACAGAGGGAGGGAGAGAGGUGAUAUCUAGUACAAGGGAACAACGAGCGGGAGAUCUCCUCUUCCAAAACUUCCAUCGUGGCGAGCCACCGCCUCAGCAAAGCCAAGACGUUUCGGAUCGACCACCUUCGGUUAUCAGCGUUGAUCUGGAUGGAGAUACUGUCAACAAGAACCUAACCGUCAAAGAAUUGACGGAUUCUGUGAUCAGUCACGACUUCAGUACCAGGCAAAGCAACUACUAUCAUCUGCAGGAAAACAUGAACGAACAAUGGAAACGAAGGCUGCAGGCUCAACAACAGCAGCAACAACAGCAGCAGCAGCACAAAGAGGAUAAGAGAGCUCAAACUCCACAACAGCAAGACGAAAGACAGAUUAUACGAAUUGCCCAGCCUCAACAAAAGUAUCACAUGGAACCUGUCUCACCUGAAAACAAUCAUUGGUCAGAGCAAAAUUUUAGACGGUACCAACAACCUCAGCAGCAUAUGUCUCCUCUAGAUUACGUGAAGAAUCGCAUCGUAGAGGUGAUGCGUACAGAAGACGAUAAGAAAGAAAUGUCCCAAGAUAGUCCUCACGGUGGUCCACAGGAUAAAGACCGAUCUACGGACAGUCCUGGAAAUAUGGUCAUUGACGAGGAUAAACACGAGAAUGAUUUCAGGGAACAACAGUCCCAACAGCAACAAGGGGGCCAACAGUCGCAGCAGCAUCAACAGCAGCAACCCACCUCGCAGCCGCAGCCGUUCUUCUCGUAUAUGCAUAAAGAAGCCAGCAACACUGCCAAUGACGCCAGUUCGAGGAAUAACGAACCCAAACCGCUACUUAGCGCGCAGUACGAACCGCUAUCUGACGAGGAUUAACAGUUACAGAAUAGACAACCGUUUGCUAUAGUAUAUUAAUCUACCAAUCAGACGAUGUUUACUAUCCCAAUGGUUAUUUGGUACUGAAGGUCUGUAAUACGCUCCAUUAUAUUUUAUUUAAUAUCCUGAUACACUUAAAAAUUUUUGCAGGUUUACUAAUUGAACUAGCUUUAGUGAUUUAUACUUGCCCAAUGUUUUUACGCCAUCAAAUCAUCUCAUUUAAAAUCGGUCAUAUUUGACAGAUGCACCUGUGGUCCUCUUGUUACAGCUCUGUAAUGAAAACCCUCACCUGUAGUUAAAAUCUAUCAAUCGCAAGUGCCGGAUGGGGGCAUUUUCUUGACAACUAUGUUCUUUACCUAUAAGCUAAGCAAAAGGUUUUUUAGCAGCAUAUGUCCAUGAAUUGUACCUAUUGACGUAUAAUAGGUUAGGUGAAAUUUAAGUUCAAAAGUGAAUUACGUUGCAGAAAAUUGAUGUAACAAAUAUCUAUUGGGAUGGAAGUGAUCUUCGAACAUCGGCUAAAAUUCGACUGUAGGAGGCAAAUGUUCUGUUUUUGAACAUAUAAGUAACUUUUUUGAGUCACUUUUUCGCAACGCAGUGAUGCUCGCACCUUUUCUAAACAGUCACCUAGUAUGUGAAAAAAAAUUAAUAAACAAAGUUAUGCUUGUCAAACCAGAGUAUGCAUCGCGAAUCCUUGUUUUAAUAGUUUCUUAUCGUACUUGUUGUUGAAAAAAACACGAAAACACAUUUAUGCAAUCAGGACUAAACUACUUCAAAGAUAGAUCGAAUCUAUUUUAGCACUUGACAGCCAAGACUAAUAGGUGCUUUGCACAAUCAAAUAAAUCCACAAAUAAAUUGUAAGAAAAUUAGUAAAUUUUUUCUGCGCACUCUUUCUAACAUACGUAUUUUACGUUUCUCGCGCUUCUUCUACAAAAACAUAAUCUAUGUAUGAUAAACCUUACCAAUAAAUUUCUGUUCUGUUCUUUCUGUUGAAAUAUUGAAUCAUAAAUUAAAACCAACGCCUCAACCUAAACUGUAAGGGGAAGUAAGGAUUAUAAUUUUAAUCUCAAAUCACAAAACGUGGACGCGCCAAAUCACGAAGGUUGGUAUUUGGGAAAAGGAACCCAAAUUUACUAGAAUUCCUCAAGAAAUUGGCGGAAAAUUAGAACAAGCUCUAAUCUGGCAAUUUAUUCAUGAAUUUAUUGUUUUGAAAAUAUUGACAGCAAUUGUUAUGUUUACACGCUCCAACUCCUUCAAGGUUAAACAAUUGUUCAAUUCAUUGGAUGGUGUAAAGCGUCUAUGACCUCCCUUAUUAUGUCAAGUGACAGAUAAUUUCAUAAGAAUCGUAUGUAUUGCACGACCUUAUACAGGGUGGCCGAUAUGUAACUGAUUGGUUUAUAUCUUGAAUAUUUGUGAAACGAAAUAAAAUACGUCCAUUUUUUCAUCUUAAUCUUUUAUUGAAACUUAAAAAUUAUGUAUGAAAAAUAAUAUCAGACAAAUGUCCGCCUCUAUAAGCCGCGCAAACCUAAGCCCUCUUUUUAUCACUUUUUGAUAUGUUUCGGGAGGAAUAUUUUCAUUCGCUUCCGUAAUAUUGUUCUUCAGCUGCUCUACAGUAUUUGGUUUGUUGGCAUAAACCCUAUUUUUCAAAAAUCCCCAUAAAAAAAAGUCUGGAGCCGUUAAAUCCGGAAAUAUAGUUCGCAAAAGAUUCAUUGUUUCCCUAGCUGUGUGACAAGUUGCUCCGUCCUGUGGAACCACAUGUUUUGCUGGUUAAAUUGUUGGAUUUGAGAAGCCAGAAAGUUUUGCACCACAUCACGGUAGCGCUCGCCAGUGACAGUAAGAGCAUUACCUGCAGCGUCUUCAAAGAAGAAGUCCUAUGACACCUCCAUACCAAACACCGCACCAAACUGUGACUUGAAGAGGAUGUAGUGAUCGUUGAUGGAUGGCACGAGGGUUCUCUAAUGCUCAGAUACGCCAAUUCUGCUUAUUAACAAAUCCGUUCAUAUCGAAGUGGGCUUCGUCGCUCAUUAUCAGUUGUCGGUAAAAAUUAUUAUUUUGGGUGUUAAGCUGCAAUAUUUCAUGACUGUAUUAUCGGCGACUUUCAUGGUCACUAGGCUGUAGUUCUUGGGUCAACUGAAUUCUAUAUGGGCAAAAAUGCAAGUCUUUUUUUAAAAUAGUGCAUAAUGACGUGCGAAGUUAUUGAGAACGAUGUCUGGUAGACGUCUCGAGGCGCUCCACUACACUUUCACGAACUCUCUCGAUAUUUUCCGGAGUACGAACAGUUCGAACCUUGGCAAGUCUUUAACUUCACCUGUUUGUUCAAAUUUCCACACCAACUGAUGAAUGGUGUUGACACUGGGCACAUUAUUUCGACCGAAAUCUUGUCGUAGCUUCCGAAUCGUUGCAACAAUCGACUCAUUAUUUAAGUAAAACGUUUUAACAAUACGGACGCGUUGUGGGAUCGUGUAGCGCUCCCUGAUGAAUUGGACACAUGUGCUUCUGUAUAAGUAACAAUUAUGAUAUAUUUAUAUACGAAAUGGGAUGCUACAAAGUAUAAACAGUUUUCUCGAGCAUUGUCUGACACUUGACAUAACGUAACAUUUCAUUCGGCAUAGAUAAUAUUCAGUCUACAAUUGAUUACGGGUUAUUUCAAAACCUUGAAAUUACCUCUAUUCCUUGAUAUGAAAAUAUUUUAGACUGAAGCUUUGAUAUCUGCAUUGACUGCAUAAUUUGAUGAUUGCAAUCAUAUGUCUGAUGAUUUUUCGCAUACUACUGACAGCUUAGAAAAAGAUGACUCGCUAUCGCUUCGUCUAUAUAUGUAUAUAAGUAAAUAAGUGAUAUUCUAGUUAUAGGUUUAAUGUUUAUGUACAAUGAGAAACGGGCCCUCAUAUUCUGUUCGCGUGUAUUUCGUAUAUUUAAAUAAUUUAUGUGGUUAUAAGCGGUAUAUAUUUUCAAACUGUAAACAAUAUUUAAUACAAUUUUUAUUGGAUUAUCGAUUUUGUUAACGGUUCAGGUGAUAGACCAUUAGGAAAAUAUACAAUUCAAUGCUUGGUCUUCAGAUCAUUUAAUGACAGGUUGUUGAGAAAAUCGAUGUUCUUCAGAAUAUGGGACUCUUAUUUACGUUUUGAAGCAUUUUGACACAACAUAACUGUAUCUGAUUUAAAUUCGUGCUUUAAUCCACAUGUCACAAAGUUUCGAAUCUAUUUUAUAAUAUACAAUCAUUAUAUUAUCCGUAUACUUACUAGAAAAACUGUACUUGUUGCAGCAUUCAGUCUGUUAAAUAUACAUAGGAUGUCAUUAUGUAGGACUUUUGAUAAAUAUACUUGGUUCAGAACUGAUAUUAAUAUCCUGUAUAUGAGAAAAGCUAGGAAUCCUUUAUCUUACUAAUAGGAUGACUUUAUGAUCUAAUAAUGGUAGCAAAUAUUCUAAAUAUGAAUCUAACGAAUCCGCACUGUGAUGAUGCAUUUUUGACAACGGAUUUACAUGUUUUGGAAGCCUGUGUAGAAAAUAUUUUAUAACAGAGUGCACCUUGAUCUGAUCUGAAAACUGAGCUUUCGUCCAGCGUUUUGCUGGGCAUUCUCAGGUACUGCGACUAAUUUUAUGCGAGUAUGUAACGGCGAAUAUGAAAGUCUUAACAUUGAAAGAUAUUGUCUGUCUCCUGAACCAUAUUAUGUUGGUAUAUAAUUCGAGUAAUUUUUUUUGUGUGUGUGUGAGUCAAAAUGGGCUCUCAUAUUAUCGAAAGCAGUUCAUAUAAAACGGUCUGACUGUAGCGUCCAAUGUUUAGUUAUUUUUUAUCGUCAUUGUUUAGAUGAGACUAUACAUAAACUACAUAUAUAUAUUUCACUUUAGUGACUAUUAAGGAGAUGUACAUAAUAUGUAAACAGAUUAAGUCUAUAUAAAUUUAGUAAUAUAUGAGGAAAAUAAUUGCAUAACAAGUACAUUAUUAUUUAUCUUUUGUUUUGUAUGCAGUCCGGCGUAUGAGUUUUUUGCAUUUCCAAUGUACAUGUUUUUUAUUAUUUUUAUACCUAACACUGUAACUGAAUUUUAAAUAUUUUUUCUGUAAGUGCAAUUUUUGUUCGCAUUUUUUAAGUUGUACAUUUUUCUUCUGUCAUGUGUACAUGUUUUUCUUUUUGGGAAUGUAAAUAACUAAAUUAAGUAUAAAUAUUUAUAGAGUAAGGGAUCCCAUUUGUAAAUAUUUGUGAAUUUUUAUUAAUUUUUCUGUUUCACAAAGUAAGUUUUAAGUCUUAACGCUUUGGCGUCUAAAAUUAGACGAACUGAUAAUUUUUCUACACUGUAAAACAAAUGCUUCCAGAAUAUGUACACUGUCAAUUUUUUAGUUUGUAACUUUCAGAUGACUUGUUAUUUUGUUGAAUUAAAUGAAUAUCAGUUGGAAGA